CACACAUACACACACUCACACACAAGCACACACACACACGUACACACACACACACACACACACACACACACACAAGCCCCCACAGCAGUUAUGUAUUCUCCGCUCUGUCUCACCCAGGAUGAAUUUCAUCCCUUCAUUGAAGCACUUCUACCCCACGUCCGAGCGUUCGCGUACACGUGGUUCAACCUGCAAGCCCGAAAACGGAAAUACUUUAAAAAACACGAGAAGCGCAUGUCAAAAGAGGAAGAGAGAGCAGUGAAGGAUGAGUUGCUAAGUGAGAAACCUGAAGUCAAACAGAAAUGGGCAUCCAGACUUCUGGCCAAAUUACGGAAAGACAUCCGACCUGAGUAUCGCGAGGAUUUUGUUCUCACUGUUACAGGGAAAAAGCCUCCGUGUUGUGUUCUUUCUAACCCAGACCAGAAAGGCAAGAUGCGAAGAAUUGACUGCCUUCGUCAGGCAGAUAAAGUCUGGAGGUUGGACCUUGUGAUGGUGAUUUUAUUUAAAGGUAUUCCACUCGAAAGUACUGAUGGAGAGCGCCUUGUAAAGUCCCCACAAUGCUCAAACCCAGGGCUGUGUGUCCAGCCCCAUCACAUAGGAGUUUCUGUUAAGGAACUCGAUUUAUAUUUGGCAUAUUUUGUGCACGCAGCAGACUCGAGUCAAUCUGAAAGUCCCAGCCAGCCAAGUGAAGCCGACAUCAAGGACCAGCCAGAAAAUGGACAUUUGGGCUUCCAAGACAGUUUCGUCACAUCGGGGGUUUUCAGCGUGACUGAGCUAGUCAGAGUGUCCCAGACGCCGAUAGCUGCAGGAACUGGCCCCAAUUUCUCUCUCUCCGAUUUGGAAAGUUCUUCCUACUACAGCAUGAGCCCAGGAGCAAUGAGGAGGUCUUUACCCAGUACAUCCUCGACCAGCUCGACAAAGCGCCUCAAAUCUGUGGAGGAUGAAAUGGACAGUCCUGGUGAAGAGCCCUUUUAUACAAGCCAAGGACGUUCCCCAGGCAGUGGCAGCCAGUCAAGCGGAUGGCAUGAAGUAGAGCCAGGGAUGCCGUCGCCAACUACACUAAAGAAGUCAGAGAAGUCUGGUUUCAGCAGCCCCUCACCGUCGCAGACCUCCUCCCUGGGAACGGCAUUCACACAGCAUCAUCGGCCUGUCAUUACAGGACCCAGAGCAAGUCCACACGCGACCCCAUCAACUCUACAUUUCCCAACAUCUCCCAUUAUCCAGCAGCCUGGGCCCUACUUCUCACACCCGGCGAUUCGCUACCACCCUCAGGAGACGCUGAAAGAAUUUGUCCAACUUGUCUGUCCCGAUGCUGGUCAGCAGGCCGGACAGGUGGGGUUCCUCAAUCCCAACGGUGGCAACCAAAGCAAGGUGCACAAUCCGUUCCUUCCCACCCCGAUGUUGCCGCCGCCGCCUCCGCCGCCGAUGGCCAGGCCCGUGCCUCUGCCCGUGCCAGACACGAAGCCUCCGACCACAUCGACAGAAGGAGGCGCCGCUUCGCCCACCUCACCGACCUACUCGACACCCAGCACCUCCCCCGCAAACCGAUUCGUCAGUGUUGGACCCCGGGAUCCAAGCUUUGUAAAUAUCCCUCAACAGACACAGUCCUGGUACCUGGGAUAAAAGUCACAGCAUCCCACCAUCCACCAGACAGACCACCGGACCCCUUCUCAACUCUGUAAAGCGGAAGCAGCAGCAGCGCAGUGCAGUUUCUUCAUUGUCCAGCGGAAGGGGAGACAAACAGAUUCAGAAAAACCAGUACAUGGAAAAAUGGCGAGUGUUACGGUCCAACAGCCAAGGCCGUAACCUCUUUGGGAUUAGAAUUUUUUUUUUCAACCACCUUAGGGACUGUUGUAAUUUUCUCACAUGGUGCUUGAAAUGAUUUGGCUUUGUCGCAUUGGAGUGUUUCGCUGGUAAUGUAAGUUGUAGGUGACACUGGGGGGAGGGGGAGGCCGGUCUGUUGUCAUGUGCUGCCUUCCCUGCUGUCCCCCACUUUCCAUAUGGAGCCCAGCUGUUUCACGGUCUUGACAUCCAUUGACCCAUACAGAUGCGUACGCCUUUCUGAGCACUCGCGAGGCCCGCCGCAACUAAAACUUUCGUAGUCGCUGAAAUCUGCAAUAUGUAACUUACAGGACAGAUGAUAGGGCAUGUUCUUCUGUAACAUAUCGGGGGAAAAAAUGAUGCAGUGGGUUCCCUUCGGGGGGGGGUUGAUUUUUGUCCUACAGUCAGCAGUUUCAAUGUGUAACAUGACCCAUAAAGGAUGGCGAGUCCACUCACAUUGCAGAGAGAUCCAGAAAUGACAAACUACUUAGUAUAAUAGUCGUCAUGUUUCUUUUAAAGUUUGAAAUGCUGCACUUACAUUAGAACAUUGUGGGGGUUUUUCCAACAAUUUUCAACAAUUACACAAAUUCACGUGGAAAUGGGGAAGAUGGUCUGUUUUGACAGAAACUGACAGGAAUCAAUCAAAACAAUCGAAUUUUGAAUUGAGUUAAGUGCAAUUUCAUUGGAUAGCUAAAUAUCUUUGUAAGAUAGAGAUUGUUGAAAAUUCUAUUUUUGUUUUCCAAGUCCUUCUACCCCCGGACUCUAAAUUAUUGGGGUAAAAAAAAACAGCCUUGCAAGAAAAAAAGGGGAGCUAUUUUUGCUUUUUAUGUUUUUUAUUGUUAAACUUGUAUCCCUUUAAAAACUGAAGGAAAAUUUUAAAAAAACACAAAAAAAUACAAAUCUAAUGGUGCUUUUACCACAAUAUGUUAACUACAUUAAAUGCUAAUUAAUUAUUUUCUUUUAUCAAAGCACAUAAAAAUUAAGUCAUGAUAUCUGUUAAUUUUAUAAGCUAAAAGUCACUUAUAAUGGAUUAUGCCAAUUUUGAAAAAAAAAAUUUGACGCGUUUCUGGCCACCUAGGGUGUAUCAGUUCUUGGCCACUUCAGGUCCCAGAGAGCAUCCAGAAGUUUGAAACACCUUGAUGUCCUACAUUUU